AUGUCCGACCCUAAUUUUUCUUGCAUGUCCAUAUCAUUGCCCUUAAUGAAGAGAAACUGUUCUGAGCUGAUGAUCAGAUCAGCAAUGUCUGAAGGCGAGUCAGAGGAUGAGUUUUCUAGGAGACCUUGCAAGCGCAUUGUGAAUGUUACUCAUCCUUUUUGGAGAAGUGAUGAGCUAAAUAAUUUUUGUAAUAACCUCAUCUUCAACAUUGAUGAAAUUGUGAAAGCAAACUUGGGUAACAACAGUUGCCAGUUGUUAGACGAAAAUCUUACCAGCCUGUCUGAGAAACCAGUUCCCAAUGACGUCGCAUUAUGUUUCCCUCCAUGGACCUUUAGAGAUGGGCCACAAUAA